AUGCUCGAAUCUAAGUGUUAUGAUGCACCUCGGAACCUAGUGCUGGAGCAAGUGCAUUUCUAUGUUCGCCAUGGAGAAAGGACACCUGUGGGAGCCAGAAUGACAGGACCACCGGCUAAUAUUCCCUCUGUAUGGCCGUUUUGUAAUAUUGCACGACAAUUCAAGGCUUCUGUUAUCGGGACACGCGGCACACUUGAGUCCCUGGAAGUUUUGCGCGUAACGGAAAAGAAAGAUGGGAAGAGUAACGAUGGAGAAUGCUUAUAUGGGGAACUUACAGACGAGGGCCGUCGAUCUAGCUUGAAAUUCGGCCACGCGAUACGUGACAUUUAUGUAAAGAAGCUUGGCUUUUUGCCGGAUUCGAUCGAUGCCAAUUCGGGAGUUGCAUAUUUCCGAUCCACCUACUUCCCCCGCACCGUCGAAACUACACAACAGAUCAUCCAUGGGCUAUGGCCGACCAAUAUGUUUCUGAAUAAUAGUGUCCCGAGAAUACGGAUGAGGCAUCCAUCCGACGAGAACCUCAUGGGAAAUUGGGCUGCAUGUCCUAGGUACAAGGAACUUAUGGCAAGUUUCGAGAAAGCUGCGGCAGAUCGAUGGGCACCAGAGCUGGAAAAAUUAGACAAUAAGAUAUCGAAGUAUAUCAAUGGAAAGCCGGUGAGAAUUGAUGGUCGCCCGCGUGCUUCUGGAUUACUUGAUACCGUUCGAUGCGCAAAAGCGCAUGGAGUAACGAUACCGCCCGAAUUCGAGGAGCCUGAAGUCAUAGACACAAUAGAGAAAGCGGUGGUAGCCGAGUGGUUUGACGGAUAUAAAGACGAAGAAGUCCGUCGAUUAGCACAGGGACGGCUGCUCAGCGAACUGGUAGUUCGAUUGAGGAACAAGGCCUUUAAUGGUGACCAUGAUCCUCUAAAGCUGACGCUUCAUGGAUGCCACGAUACUUCCUUAGCUGGGAUGGCUCAGACCUUGGAUGUUUUUGAUGGACGGCAAGGCGAUGGUUUGUUUUCCAUCUGCGAAUUCGUAUUGACACAUUCCCGCAGUUGGCCCGACUUCACCGCGUACAUCAGUGUCGAACUUUUUAGGACACCAGUUCCCGCGCCUACGGGACUUUCCCAAAAAUGGAUCUCUCCUCCAAAACCCACUCACUAUGUUCGAUUAAGAUAUCAGAAUCGAUCACUUAGACUCCCGGCAUGCUCUCCGGUGGGGAAUCACCUUCCCGGCUCACCAGAGCUAUGCACUCUUGAGUCGUUCUCGAGACGUGUAGCGGAAUUAACUCCGAAUGAUUGGGAUGCUGAGUGUCGGAGUACAAGCAAAGUCGGGGCAGCUAAAGAAAUCAAGGGGCAGGGGCCUUCCCGUUCACCAGGCUGA